AUGGAUAUCGCCAUUCCUUUGGCCCUUUGUCUUCUCAUACUCGGUCUCUCUGUCGUCGUCUCGAAGCUAAUCCAACAGUUUCUUCGUCCUCGGAAGAGUCAAGGUCGGUAUCCUCCCGGGCCUAAACCUCUCCCUCUCAUCGGAAACACUUUGGACGUUCCGGUGAAAGGUGUCGGCGAGAAAUAUCUCGAAUGGGGAAGACGGUACAACACCGACCUCGUCCACAUCUCGACACUGAGCGACCAUAUCGUCGUUAUCAACAAGAGAGAAGUCGCCGAAGAGCUCCUCGAGAAGCACGCAGCAAAGUAUUCGGGUCGGCCUGAUAUACCCGUGCUCAAGCUAAUCGGUUGGGAUUGUAACGUAGCGCUUAUGGACAACGGGCAAGAGUGGCGAAAUCAUCGGAGGAUAUGCCAGCAGCAUUUUAACAAGCAGGCGGCGCAAUCUUUCCAAGACAUCCAGCUCAAUAAGGCGCGCAAGAUGCUCCAAUCCCUGCUCUCCUCUCCGGAGAAUUAUUCCUUGUAUAGCAACAUGUUCUCCACGUCGAUCUCGAUGGCCAUGAUGUACGGCUACGAGGUCGAGUCCUUGGAUGACCCCGCCGUCAAGGCAGCCAACAAGAGCAUCGAAGUCGGGUCUCCGCUGACCAUUCCUGGGGGGACCUUGAUAAACGUCUUUCCGUUCCUGCGGCACAUACCCGGAUGGGUGCCAGGCGCCGUCUCCCAGAGGCAGGUGGCUCUAGGUGCAUUCAUGACCCGCGAGAUGCAGCGAAUACCACUGGAAGAUCUCAAGAAACGAAUGGCAGAGGGGAAGGCAUCUCCAUCGUUUGUUUCUAAUUUCUUCGAGAAAAAGAACACGGUCGGUGCUUCAGACGAAGAAGAAAGUAUGACAUAUAACAUCGCACAUACCGUAUAUGCAGCUGCAUCUGACACGACCAUCUCUGCAACUGGGACGUUCUUCUACUGCAUGGCCGCCAAUCCUGCAGUUCAGAAGAAGGCACAGGAAGAAAUCGACAGAAUUACAGGAGGCAGCCAACUCCCUGAUUUCAGCGACAGAGAAGCCAUGCCUUAUCUUGAGGCCGUAUAUCGCGAAGUGAUGAGAUACCGCCCUCCGCUUCCUCUGACGGUGUCUCGCAGUCUAUCGGAAGAUGACCAUUACAGGGACUAUUUCUUCCCGAAAGGAACACUCAUAUUCGCGAACAUCUGGGGCAUGACGCACGAUGAGGAUGUCUAUCCUGAACCCGAUGUAUUCAAACCAGAGAGGUUCUUCAAUGUUGAUGGAAAACUGAACGAUAACGACCGUAUAAUGGCAUUCGGCUUCGGUCGAAGAAUCUGCGCCGGGCAACACAUCGCAAGUUCAACAAUGUGGAUAAUCAUCGCUUCAAUUCUUGCUUCCUUCAACAUCAGUAACGCGAAGGACGAGUUCGGAAAUGAUAUUCCUCUCAACGACGAGUACGACGAUUUCGGCCUCCUGGCACAAGAAAACGAUGAAAUGCUCGAUCUUGCCAAGGUCGAAUGCAGCGCAAAGAUUGAUCGAAGAGGCACUGUCGAGCUAAUUGCUUCCUGGGUGGCAGUGUACAUGGAGGCGAAGGGGAGUAACAACCGCAUAGCGUGA